GAAUUGUGGAUUCGAUUCCUUAACCUUUUGUUUUCUGUACAGACCAAACCUGAUAGUCAAGUAAUCUCUUGUCAAACUAAGAACCCUCUUCCUCUCGAUCUUUUAGCUUGGUCUGUGCCCUUUCUGUGGAUUUCGGUUCAGUUGCUUUCUCUGAAAAUCGUCUUGUCUGCUUAAUCCCUGUCUGGGUUUAUAGCAUAUCGAUAUGGCUCUUUCGCACUUGGCUUCAUCUUCUUCCUCUUCUCGAUACAGUCUCGUGAAACCCAUGUCAGCCGCUUUAUCAUUCACCUCUUCUCUCCGCCGUUCACUUUCUUCCUCCGCCGAUGACUCCAGCCCCCUCACCAUUGAGACCUCCCUUCCGUUCACCGCCCACAACUGCGAUCCUCCCUCACGCGCCGUCGAGACCAGCCCCAAGGAGCUCAUGUCGUUUUUCCGCAACAUGGCGUUGAUGCGACGGAUGGAGAUAGCUGCUGAUUCUCUCUACAAAGCCAAGCUGAUCAGAGGGUUCUGUCACUUGUAUGAUGGCCAGGAAGCAGUGGCCGUGGGUAUGGAAGCUGGAAUUACGAAGAAGGAUUGCAUAAUUACAGCUUAUCGCGAUCAUUGUACGUUCUUGGGUCGCGGUGGAACCCUGCUGCAGGUAUUUGCAGAGCUCAUGGGUCGUCAGGCUGGUUGCUCGAAAGGAAAGGGUGGGUCUAUGCAUUUCUAUAAGAAGGAGGCUGGGUUUUAUGGUGGUCACGGCAUCGUUGGAGCUCAGAUACCACUUGGGUGUGGAUUGGCUUUUGCUCAGAAAUACUCUAAGGACGAGAAUGUAACCUUCGCUUUGUACGGUGAUGGAGCUGCAAAUCAGGGACAACUGUUUGAGGCACUUAACAUGGCGGCGCUCUGGGAUCUACCAGCAAUAUUGGUCUGCGAGAAUAAUCAUUAUGGAAUGGGAACUGCUGAGUGGAGAGCUGCUAAGAGUUCGGCCUAUUACAAACGUGGGGACUAUGUUCCUGGAUUGAAGGUGGAUGGCAUGGAUGUCCUUGCGGUGAAGCAGGCUUGUAAAUUUGCAAAAGAGUAUGCUUUGAAGAAUGGGCCCCUUAUUCUUGAAAUGGAUACCUACAGGUACCAUGGCCACUCCAUGUCUGAUCCUGGUAGUACAUACCGCACACGUGAUGAGAUUUCUGGUGUGAGACAGGAGCGCGAUCCAGUUGAGAGAAUAAGAAAGCUGCUAACAUCACAUGAUGUUGCUAGUGAAAAGGAACUAAAGGACAUUGAAAAAGCAGCCAGAAAAGAAGUUGAUGAAGCUAUUGCUCAAGCUAAGGAGAGUCCAAUGCCUGAGCCAUCUGAACUUUUUACCAAUGUAUAUGUUAAAGGUUAUGGAGUUGAGGCUUUUGGUGCUGAUAGGAAAGAAGUUAGAGCUAAUCUACCGUAAUGUGAUUAUCCGACAAAUUGCAUUGAAUUGCCAAGAAUAAGAGAUUCUAUGGUAGAAGGUGAUCUCUCUACCUUUUGAGCUUUGCCUACUUGUAUAGGAAAUUGAUUCUUCUGGAGGUGUGGUGGGGCCAUGUAGCUUUUUGGGGGAGCUAAUAGCCAUUAACAUUGCAAUGACUGAUAAUGCUUCUACUGCGUCUGCGUGAUAUGCAUAUUUGAGGAGCUCAAUGAGCUCAACUCCUAUAACAAUCAAUGAACCAUUUUUUUUGGUACGUGCUAUCAAUUAGUGAUGAUCUACAAGGUUUUGAUGCCUGCAAAUUGCAGAUAAUUAUUGACUCUUGGUCUCUUGUAGCUUUGAUUAUGUGAUUUGAACUUAAUUUUCUGUACCGAAAAGAAAAUUGAGGAUUAAGCUAACAAUCCAAAGAGUCAAAGACACAGGCUUGGUUUACAUUUCUUUUGUC